UCAACAUGUUUAUUUUAUUCCAAUUUUCCUUCAUUGCUUUUUCAAAUAUCGUUUAUACAUGUACAUCCACGGAGCUGACUGGGGUAUGCUCAAACGGUUCAGAUGGAAGCCGCUUGGAGUGUUGUGAAAACUAUCGAGCAGUUGGAAACUCUUGCAAAGAAUGUUGGCCGGGAACUCAUGGUGUAGAUUGUAGGGACUACUGUCCUCCUAAUUUGUACGGCAGAUUAUGCUCAAAGAAAUGUGGCUGUGAACCAUGUGAUAAAGUCACAGGAUGUUUAAAUGCAACGGAAAGGGAUCAAAAUACGAGUAGUAUCAAGUCUACUUCGUGGGAAGAUGAAAGUCCAACGAACUCUGCAACAUGGCUUACGUUGUCAGUCUUAGCAUCUUGUUUCGUAUUCUGUUUUAUUUUUUGUCUUCGAAUCUUCUGUAAAAUAACAACUAUCCUUUAUUUACUAAAUACCACAAAUCGAAUAGUUUUAUCAGAGAAUCGUAGACGUAGUGGGUCGUUAAUGUCGAGGACAUUUGAUUCAUUUCCAACCAAUGACACAGAAACAAGCUACACAGAACUUGACAGAUCCAAAUAACAUGACAGAAUCAAG